GGAGCUUUAAGUGGUUAGAAAUUUAUCCAUAGUCACAUUGUGACUAAGGGUGAAGUUUAUUCCCCAAAUAUUUAUUGGCUGUCCAUUAUGUGUGGACACUGUUCCAGGAUAUUGGGGAAUAUAGCACUGAUCGAGAGACAAAAAUUCUGCCCUAACCGGUUUGGUUCAGUGGAUAGAGUGUCGGCCUGCGGACUGGGGGGUUCCAGGUUUGAUUCCGGUCAAGGGCAUGUACCUUGGUUGCGGGCACAUCACCAGUGGGAGGUGUGCAGGAGGCGGCUGAUUGAUGUUUCCCUCUCAUCGAUGUUUCUAACUCUCUAUCCCUCUCCCUUCCUCUCUGUAAAAAAUCAAUAAAAUAUAUUAAAAAAAAAGAAGAGACAAAAAUUCUUACCCUCAUGGAGCUUACAUUCUCGGUGGGAGAAAGUAAGGAUUUAAGCCUUGCCCUGUAUCCCAUAUACUUAGGUGAUGUGUCCUCUGAGGGUAGGCUGGGGAGAUCAGGACAACGGGAGGGUGAGGGUGAGUGUUGAAGGAUGAACAGGUGUGUUUGUGGGGAGUGAAGGGGGGAGAAGCAUUUUAGGCGGUGAGAACAAAUGAUUGAGUAGGUUGAACACUGGAGGUUUAGGGUAGGAUAGUACCUGAAUCCUAACGUUCCCAGUAGCAAGACCAACAAGAAUACAUUUGCCUGGGAGAAUGAGGAGAAUAAGUUAGAGGAACUAAGGCAGUGGAGGGGUGGGGUUUUAGUUUCAAGUUGUCCAUAAAAUGUUUGUGGUAGCCUUUAUGUAGUUGCUGUCAUGAUAUGUUCAUGUACUGUAAUGAAGGAGUUCAGCCCUAAGGGACUGAGGCAACAUCAUCAAAGAAACACCUGGGGCCCCUCUUCCGGGGAUGGUGACUUCAGGCAUUUCCCAUGGUCCAGCGUUGGACAUGCCGUCAGAGGCUGUCCUGCAAUACAGCCUCUAACAAAACUAGGCCGCCCCAAGCCCCUGGCAAUAGAAUUGCUUACCUUUAUACCAAGAAGGUUGGGAAAGCACCAGAAUCUCCAUGUGGUGCGUGCCCAGGCCGACUUAGAGGAUUUCAUGCUGUGAGGCCUCCAGUUCUCAUGAGGUUGUCUACAAUGGAAAGACUUGUCAGGAGGGCCCGUGGUGGGGCCACGUGUGCGAAAUGUGUCCCGGACAGGCCCAAGCGUGCCUUCCUUACUGCGGAGCAGAAGAUCGUUGUGCAAGUAUUGAAGGCGCAAGCAGAGUCAGAAAGCUAAAUAAGUUAAAAAAUGAAGCUUUUUUUGAGUAAUAAAAGCAAUUAAAAGGCAAAAGAAAGAAAAGAAAAAAAAGAAACAGUUGUGGAUGGUGACUUGGAUGAUCAACCUUAUAGGCAAGAAAUGUUGGAAGAUGGCUUAGCCUAAGGGAAUGGGCCCUAAAAUUUGGAUUAAGGGUUCUACGGCAUUGGGGAGUCUGAGCUAUGAGGAUAAGUCAGGACAUUCACAUGACGUCUGGAAAGAGAUGAGUAGAAAUAAAGUUUUUACUUGGCAGAUGAGUAAUAUAGUCCCAUUGUCCUAGAACAGGGAUGGCGAACCUUUUGAGCUCGGCGUGUCAGCAUUUUGAAAAACCCUAACUUAACUCUGGUGCCAUGUCACAUAUAGAAGUUUUUUGAUAUUUGCAACCAUAGUAAAACAAAGACUUAUAUUUUUGAUAUUUAUUUUAUAUAUUUAAAUGCCAUUUAACAAAGAAAAAUCAACCAAAAAAAUGAGUUCGCGUGUCACAGGUUCGCCAUCACUGUCCUAGAAAGUCAAGGAGAAAGACGGUGUGGUGGAAAGUGAGCAGCUCUAUUUGCUUACAUUGAAUUUUGGUUACAGUUCAAGCCAGAAGAACAAGAUCUGUUUAAAACCCGGUGUGCCCACUAUACUGUUUGAAGAGAAGUGCAAGAUCACCCCACUAAACAUAGCCUGCUUCUCUUCCUUUUCACUGUGCUCUAGGCAGAGAGGAAGACAUGAGUGAAGGCUUUGUCACCUUUAAAAAAACAAAACAAAACAAAACAAAACAGAAAAACUUCUCAGUGGUCUCCACCUUCUCUUGAAA